GGAGGGCGCAGGAGCUGGCAGGGCGCCCCCCGGCCGCCGGGGCGCGGUGGUCCCAGCCGCGCGCGAGCGUGCGCGGACCGCGUCUGGGGCUCCGCUGGAGGCGCGAUUAGUCCGCUCGGGCCGCCCCUCGGAUCUCCCUCCGCUCCUAUCUACCCACCGACACCCAGAGAAGAGCGUGCAAAGGCGCCGAGAGGGACGGAAACCACAAAUAAAUAGCGGCGGCAGCAGCGCGUCAUCUGGUGGAGCAGGAAGUGCAGGCAGAGUCCGGAGGCUGGUGCUUUCUGCGCGUCCCCAGGACUUUGCCAUGGGCUGGGGGCCGCGAAGGCUGCGAGCGGCCGGGCGAGGGCAGCGGCGGCGGCGUCCGCACCGGGGCUGAGCCAGCAGCGACGCGCGGGGCGCGCGGAGAUGGCAGCGUCCAGCAACUCCAGCCUGUCCGGCUCCUCGGUGUCCUCGGAUGCUGAAGAAUACCAGCCUCCAAUAUGGAAAUCAUACUUGUAUCAGUUACAGCAAGAGGCCCCUCGUCCCAAGAGGAUCAUUUGUCCUGGGGAGGUGGAGAACAGACCAAAAUAUUAUGGAAGAGAGUUUCAUGGGAUCAUCUCCCGGGAGCAGGCAGACGAGCUUCUCGGAGGCGUGGAGGGCGCCUACAUUCUUAGAGAAAGCCAACGCCAGCCAGGAUGCUACACGUUAGCUCUAAGGUUUGGAAACCAGACUUUAAACUACAGGCUCUUCUAUGAUGGAAAACACUUCGUGGGCGAGAAGAGAUUUGAAUCGAUUCACGAUCUGGUCACAGACGGCUUGAUAACACUGUACAUAGAAACAAAAGCUUCUGAAUACAUUUCCAAAAUGACAACAAACCCCAUUUAUGAACACAUUGGAUAUGCCACUCUGCUCAGAGAAAAAGUAUCCAGGAGGCUGAGCAGGUCGAAGAACGAAUCAAGGAAAACAAGCGUCGCAAAUGAAGAACACACGGCGGUUGAAAAGAUCUCGUCCCUGGUCCGAAGGGCCGCCCUCACGCACAACGACAACCACUUCAACUAUGAGAAGACACACAACUUCAAGGUCCACACGUUCCGAGGCCCGCACUGGUGUGAAUACUGUGCCAACUUCAUGUGGGGGCUCAUCGCCCAAGGGGUUCGGUGCUCAGACUGUGGACUGAACGUGCACAAACAGUGUUCCAAGCACGUUCCCAACGACUGUCAACCUGAUCUCAAGAGGAUCAAGAAGGUGUACUGUUGUGACCUCACAACACUCGUAAAGGCUCACAACACUCAGAGGCCCAUGGUGGUGGACAUAUGCAUACGGGAAAUCGAAGCAAGAGGAUUGAAGUCGGAAGGUCUUUACAGAGUCUCUGGGUUCACCGAACACAUUGAAGAUGUCAAAAUGGCAUUUGACAGAGACGGUGAAAAGGCAGAUAUAUCUGCCAACAUCUAUCCAGACAUAAACAUCAUCACUGGAGCCCUUAAACUGUACUUCAGAGACUUACCCAUUCCUGUUAUCACCUAUGACACCUAUCCCAAAUUUAUCGAAGCAGCGAAAAUCUCCAAUGCAGACGAGAGGCUGGAAGCCGUCCAUGAAGUGCUGAUGCUGCUGCCUCCUGCCCACUAUGAGACCCUCCGGUACCUGAUGAUCCACCUCAAGAAGGUGACUUUGAAUGAAAAGGACAAUUUCAUGAAUGCUGAAAAUCUGGGGAUCGUGUUUGGGCCCACCCUGAUGAGGUCCCCUGAGGACAGCACCCUCACCACCCUCCAGGACAUGCGGUACCAAAAGCUGAUUGUGCAGAUUUUAAUAGAAAAUGAAGAUGUUUUGUUUUAAUCCACCGGGGAAAUGAGCUGAAUGGCCCCGGCCCCAUCUAAGUUGAUAAGGCUAAAGGAAUAAAAGCAUUUCUUACGCUUG